ACUGCUCCCAUAAUAGAGAGAAAGGGGAAAAAGAAAAAAAAAAUUGGUUAGGUUAGCAAAUGUAAAUAUAAUUUAAAAAUAAAUAAAAGUUUAAUCAGAGAAGCGCGUUUGACGGCGUCGUCGCAAAUUGCUCCUCUUACAACUACGGAGUACUUUGACCUCGCUUCACUUUUUAGACCAGUCUUCUCUGCUUCUACACUUUCUCUCUCCUCAUUUCUUUUGCCCCAAUAAAAAAAAAAGAUGAAGUAAGUAAACGACUUCAAUUUCCGAUUACAUAUUUUGAUUAAUUGAAGGGUCCCUCCACGUCUUGGUGAAAUUUUCCUCAACUCAGAUCGCCAGCUAACUCUCCAACCCUCUUCUUUUUCUUUUUGCUGUUUUUUAUAUUUUUAAUUUCUGCGUUCAUUGCGGCAUAACGUCGAACACCUUUCAAUCGACUUUGGUUUUGGAAUUUCAAUCCCCAUUUCAAAGAGGGGAAGCUGGAAAUUUUACCCAGUUGAGCAAAAUAUGGCUGAUUUGGUUAAGCAGAUCUUAACAAGGCCAAUUCAAUUAGCUGACCAGAUUAUCAAGGCGGCCGAUGAACCUGCUUCGUUCAAGCAGGAGUGUUUGGAGCUCAAGUCAAAGACCGCCAAACUCUCUGACCUGCUUCGUCAGGCCGCUCGCUCCAGUUCGGACCUUUAUGAGCGCCCUACUCGUCGAAUCAUCGACGAUACCAAUCAGGUCCUUGAAAAGGCUUUGACCGUGGCUCAAAAGUGCCGGGCCAAUGGCCUUCUCAAGCGAGCCUUCACUAUAAUCCCCGCCGCCGCCUUCCGAAAGAUGUUCGGUCAGUUGGAGAACUCCAUCGGAGACGUCUCCUGGCUGCUCCGUGUUUCCGGUGGAGCAGGAGAUGAUGACGGUGGCGUCGGGGGUUAUCUUGGGCUUCCCCCGAUCGCUGCUAACGAGCCUAUCCUGUGCCUUAUUUGGGAACAGAUCUCUAUUUUAUCAAUAGGUUCGUUAGACGAUCGGGCAGACGCCGCCGCUUCGUUAGUGUCGCUGGCCAGGGACAACGACCGUUACGGGAAGCUGAUCAUAGAAGAGGGUGGGGUAGUCCCGCUACUGAAGCUUUUAAAGGAAGGGAAAACAGUAGAGGGUCAAGAGAAUGCGGCUCGAGCCCUGGGGCUACUGGGUCGUGACCCUGAGAGUGUGGAGCAAAUGGUUCUAUCUGGUGUGUGCUCAGUUUUCGCUAAAAUCCUCAAGGAAGGACCCAUGAAGGUGCAGGCUAUGGUAGCGUGGGCUGUGUCAGAGUUGGCCCUUCAUUAUUCCAAAUGCCAGGACAUAUUUGCUCAGCACAAUGCGGUGCGGUUGUUGGUUGGGCAUCUUGCUUUUGAGACAAUUCAAGAGCACAGCAAAUAUGUGAUUGUCAACACCAAGUCCACUACUGGUGGUGCUGCCUCUAUUCACAACGCCGCUGUUGCAAUAGCCCAAGCUGCAAAUGCCAGCCAAGGUAACGUUAAAGUGAAGGUUGAAGACGAGGAAAAGCCUCAGAUCGCACAUCCAAUGGCCAGGAGUGGUAGUCCUAGUAGGCUGCUUAAUUUGGUUACUACGGCUCAAGCCCAGGCCAAGGCCAAGACAAGUCCUGCUGCUGCUGUUGUUACCCAAUUUAGUGGCAAUAGCAAUGUGAAUGUGAACGGGAAUGGAAAUGGGAAUGUUAGUAAUAACAGUCAUCAUAAUCAUACUACUAGUUUUGCUGGGGGGAAGAUCAGGGAAAGGGAAAUGGAGGAUCCGGCGAUUAAGGCAAACAUGAAGGCAAUGGCGGCAAAAGCCCUAUGGCACCUUGCCAGGGGGAAUUCUGCUAUCUGCAAGAGUAUCUGUGAGUCGCGGGCAUUGCUUUGUUUUGCUGUUCUAUUAGAGAAAGGAACACCAGAUAUUCAAUACCACUCUGCAAUGGCAGUAAUGGAGAUCACUGCCGUUGCUGAGAGGGAUGCUGAUCUUAGAAGAUCAGCAUUCAAACCUAGUUCCCCAGCCUGCAAGGCUGUGGUUGAUCAAUUGUUACGGAUCAUUGAUAAGGCUGAUUCUGACCUCCUUAUUCCCUGUCUUGGGACAAUAGGGAAUCUAGCUAGAACAUUCAGGGCAACGGAGACCAGAAUGAUCGGACCAUUAGUACAGCUGCUAGACGAGAGAGAGCCGGAGGUGGAAAGGGAGGCGGUGAUUGCACUUACCAAAUUUGCAGGCAGUGAGAAUUACCUGCGUGUGGAUCACUCCAAGGCGAUACUAACAGCAGGCGGAAUCAAACAUUUGAUACAGCUGGUGUAUUUCGGAGAACAGCAGAUAGUGCAAAUACCGGCAUUGGAGCUGCUGUCUUACAUUGCAUUGCACGUGCCUGAUAGUGAGGAUUUGGCUCAAAACGAGGUGCUUACUGUCUUGGAUUGGGCAUCAAAACAAUCUCACAUGGUGCAAGAUGAAUCUAGAGAAACUUUGUUGUUAGAAGCUAAGAGCAGGCUUGAACUUUACCAAACUAGAGGUACAAGGUGAAUACCAAAAAUUAAAAAAAUCACCUCUUCACCCGAAACAAUGAGUAAUUAAACCCCGUUCCCCCAUAAAUGGUGAAUAAUUCAUUCGUUUGUGUAUCCAUCUACAUUGAUUUGUCUCAUAAAUAUUUCAUUUACACCUCAACAAAUUUUGAUGAUAGCAUUAUUUUGUAAUCUCUGUUGUAAUUUCUUGUGUAUUGUACAUACAAAUUAGUUGCACUAGUUGUUGAUCAACAAUGACAAAAUUUUCCAUA